CUGAUAGACGGCACUGACUGGCAUCACUGCUGGGCACUGACUGGCGGCACUGACUGGCACAACCGCUGGGCACUGACUGGUGGCACUGACUGGCAGCACUGCUGGGCUGCACUGGUGGGUGGCACUAGUGGGCAGCACUGGUGGGUGGGCACAGGUGGGUGCACUGCUGGGCACAGGUGGGUGGAACUUGCGGGUGGCACUGCUGGGCACCGAUCAUCAGGGCACUGAUCUUCAGUGCCCUGAUGAUCGGUGCCGAUCCCCGCUCUGACAACUGCCGGUUCUCGGCAGUACUUUCCUCACGAUCUGACAGCGUGAGGAAAGUGCAGCCGAGAACCGGCACUUGCAU